GCAUUUUUAUAGUCAUUCGAUUUUUAUUUAAUUUAUUUAUUUUUCAUAGCAAGUAAUGAAGACUUAGUAGAUUUGAAUAAAUUAUUCUUUUUAAAUUUAAAAUUCAAGUUAAACUCUAAAGAAUUGAUAAGUUAGCCGAUAGAGGUCAGUACCGGUUUUGUUCCGUACGGUCAAGUUCAAAAUUACACCGCUCACACGUGACGGCGCCACAUGUACGACGAAUCUGAGUAAUCGGGGUUUUCUGCUUGUACUGAGCCGUGGAAUCGGCCAUUACUUCAAUAUUUCUCCCGCGAACAAAUACCUACAAUCCACGAUGAGGAGACAAAAGAGUCUGCAAAAAUCGGGUGUGAAAAGGAGCGAGAACGAUAUGGAGGCCUGGAUGUACGACGUGGUUUGUAUGAUGUCUGGCACUGCUACUGAAGGUAUGAUAUGCUACAACAGAACCAUGCCAAACAUUAAACAAGAAGUCGACAACCCCGCGACGCCUACGCAAAACUAUCAAGUUUGUUCACCGACCACUACACUGCAAAAUCAGGAGGUAAUUUGCACAAAAAUGGAUGUGCCGCCUGAUUAUGGCGGCGGAGGUGGUGGUGGUGGUAGCGCUGGUAACGGAAAUGGUGGAGGUGGUAGCGGAAGUCCAGGUAGUCCAGAGAUGCAUCACUGUUCUUCGACGACUCAACCUUUAGGAACUCCUGAGGAAGGCAUUAAAGAGGAAGACAUGAUGCCGAGGAGACUGUGUCUUGUUUGUGGAGAUAUAGCAAGUGGAUUCCAUUACGGUGUCGCAUCUUGCGAAGCGUGCAAAGCUUUCUUUAAAAGGACCAUACAAGCGAGUAACUUUACAGGAAACAUUGAAUAUACUUGCCCGGCAAACGGAGAGUGCGAAAUAAAUAAACGUAGAAGAAAAGCUUGUCAAGCGUGCAGAUUUCAAAAGUGUCUUCGUCAAGGAAUGUUAAAGGAAGGUGUAAGAUUGGAUCGGGUGAGAGGUGGCAGGCAAAAGUACAGAAGAUCUACAGACCCUUACAUCCCUGUGAAAACGGCUACAUUGGAAGAACCAGUUCGAGUAUCCGUACAUAUAAACAAACAUUUUUUAAUAUUUCAAGUGAGCGUAGCAUCCGGAGGAUCUGGAGAACAAAUAAAUAACAAGAUGGUCGAAGCUCUAGCUGCAUGCGAGCCUGAUAUUUUACAAGUAUCCAAUCUUUCUCAUACAUUGGAUACAGAUCAGAGGAUACUGGGCCAAAUGGCGGAUCUUUAUGAUCGCGAAUUAGUUGGAACUAUCGGUUGGGCUAAGCAGAUACCAGGAUUCAGCAGUUUAGCUUUAAAUGACCAGAUGCGACUUCUACAAAGUACAUGGGCGGAAAUUCUCACUUUCAGUUUAGCAUGGAGAAGUGUGCCUAAUAAUGGUAGAUUGUGGUUCGCUCAAGAUUUCAGUUUGGAUGAACGUCAGGCACGUGAAUGCCAUUGUAUAGAAUUAUAUACACACUGUAUCCAGAUCGUAGAAAGGAUUCAACGAUUGGGUUUGAUCAAAGAAGAGUACUAUGUACUGAAAGCAUUGAUUCUGGCGAAUAGCGACGCAAGAUCAGAUGAACCUCAAGCGCUGUAUCACUUUCGUGACGCAAUAUUAAAUUCCCUUUCGGACUGUGUAGCAGCUGUUAGGCCAGGACAGGCAUUACGUGCUACGCAAAACAUGUUCCUAAUACUGCCUAGUCUUAGGCAGGCCGAUGGAAUUGUAAGGAAAUUUUGGUCGAGUGUUUGUAGAACGGGCAAAGUGCCGAUGAACAAGCUUUUUGUAGAAAUGUUGGAAGCUGCCUAUUAUCGAUGAAACAACUAGAACCUGGUCGAAUCUUAUCAUUUAAAGAAGAACUUUUCGUCAAAGUUAUCAUUGAUUGUCGAUUUAGAAAAUAAUCACUAUUGUGCGGAAAUAACAGAGGUGUUUAACUUGCCUUUUCGAAACUAACGAGAAUGACAGUGAGUGAUAUAAGUGAAAAAAAAAAAAGAACAGUGCAGUUCUGAUAUAAUAUGUUAAUAAUAUAUAUAUGUUCUAUAUAUAUAU